AUGCGUGCUGCUCUUAAUAUUCAACCAAGAGUUAUUCAUGAAGAAUUGUACUCUGUUCAUGGCGAUCAGGCUCCUUGUCUUAGAACAGUUGAAAGAUGGUUUCAACGAUUCCGUGAAGGUCAAGUAGAGCUGGAUGAUGAAGCACGAUCUGGCAGACCCAUUGCUGUAACAACUCCUGAUAAUAUCGAACAAGUCCGUCUGAUCAUUGAUGAUGAUUCUCGUGUGACGAUAGAAGAAAUACAAGAGCAAACUGAUCUAACCUAUGGCACUACUCGGCGAAUCAUCAAGGACCAUUUGCAACUUACCAAAAUCACCGCUCGUUAUAUACCGAAGGAACUCACUGAUUUCCAACGGAACGAACGAGUUCGAAUAUGUAAAGAAAAUUUAAGAAAAUUUAAAGAUGGAACGUGGCGUUUAUGUAAUGUGGUGACAGGUGACGAGUCUUGGUUUUUUCACAAGCAAACCGGUCGAAAAUCAUCAAAUGCUGCUUGGGUGGCAAAAGGUGAUGCUCCACCUACAGUACCUCGUCGCGACCGAUUUGCUCCAAGAACGUUAUUUUCCAUUUUUUUCAAAUCAACUGGUCCGCUAUUGAUUCAUCACGUGGAACGAGGCCAAACUAUCGACCAUGAAUAUUAUAUUGACAACUGCUUGCAACCUCUUGUGGAAGAAAUCAAGCACCAACGACCUUCGUACGGUACAAAUCGUAUUCUGCUCCACCAUGAUAAUGGCAAGCCGCAUAUCCAUCAGUACGUGUCUGAUUAUCUUGAAUCGGAAGGUCUUACAAUCAUACCCCAUCCACCGAAUUCUCCUGAUUUAUCACCAUGCGAUUUCUGGCUAUUCGACUUGAUCAAACUAAACUUAAGCGAUCAAACCGAUUCUCAAUCAUUACAUGACGCUAUAACUGAGUUUAUGUACUCGUUGGAUAAGGAAGAAUAUCGAAAAACGUUUGAUAAAUGGAUGGAGAGAAUGCAGUUGUGUGUAGAUAAUCAAGGUGACUACUUUGAACAUUUGAUGAAAUAAAGUUUUUUUCGAUUUGCUUACAUCUCAUUUUCUUUCGAUCACCAUUCUUUUUGUAUGCAUUCAUAAGAAUAUGCGAGAAAACUCGAUGAAUGAUGAGAAAAGAACAACAGAAAAGAAGAACAGAGAGAAAAAUAAUCUAGAAAUGGACGAAAAUAUUACGUAUUACCAAAGUUAAAUUUGGUGCGAUGAUAGUUUUGCUCGAAAUUUGAUCAGUUUAAUGCUAGUUAGAU